AUGACCCUACAAAUUAUACCAUUACAUGAUGUUGAAUAUUCAAUUCCGUUAAUUGUACCAGAAAAAAAGUAUGAAAUUAAUAACGAAUUAGAAAAGGAAAUUAAGCGUGUAUACAUUUUAAAAGAUACAACAUGUAAUUUGAAUCAAAAAACAUAUGUAGAGACCGAAAUCAGUCCACGUGACUUAAUUAAAAUUUUACCAAAAAAUGACAAAAUAAUAAAUGAAACUUCUGAUAAUUCAUCAUUUAUUGGUGAUAAUAUCGAUAAUUCAGAUAAUUUAGUUUUUACGAAUGUAAAUUACACAACCGAUGUUAAAUUACCAACAAUUUUAAUUGCUGACAUAAACAUUGAUCAAAUUGAAAUAGAAAAUAGCGUAAAAAUUGAAACUGAAGAACCUGCAAAAUCAAGCAAAAAACCUAAAACCCAAAUUGUAGCAAACAAUUCAAAAUCAAUAGAUCCAAUAAAAGAACCAAAAGUCUUUAAAUGUACAAUGGAUCAUUGUAACGCACGUAUGAAAAAUGCAAAUAAUUUAGAGUAUCAUUUAAAAUGUCAUAAUAAAACAGAAUUUUUAUGUCCUGAAUGUCCCACAAAUUUUAACGUAUGGAAUAGUUUACGUGGUCAUUUAUGGCGUAAACAUAAAAUCGAUAUUGAGCUAUAUGGUUGUGAUAAAUGCGAUUAUAAAACUUUUAGUUUAAGUCAAUUGAAUAAUAUUCAUAAACGUAUUCACACCGAUAUGAAACCAUUUUUAUGUGAUAUUUGUGCGAAAGCAUUUAAAAAUCCAAAACAAUUACGUACACAUAAAACAAUACACAAACCAAGUUAUAAAAUGUGUAAUUUUGUUUGUGAUCUUUGUAAUCGGCCAUUUGCUUGUCGACGAUUAUUAAAAUUACACGUUGAAGGCGUUCAUCAACAGUUAAAACGAUUCUUAUGUAAUUAUUGUGGAUAUAAAGCUAACUCGAAGAGUGCAGUACAAUUACAUGAAAGAAAGCAUACAGGACAAAAGCCAUACGAGUGUGAAUUUUGUGAUUAUUCCACAACGGAUCAUAAUUCAUUACGACGACAUAAAUCAAAACAUAACGGAGAAUAUUCCUACAGAUGUCCGUAUUGUUCAUAUGCAUGUAUUCAAAGUUCAACGUUUAAAAUUCAUAUCAAAAGUAAACAUCCAAACGUGGAGCAUUCAAUUACAUUUUCAUGUAAAUAUUGUAAUUUUAAAUCGUUACGUAAAGAUAAUUAUUUAGCACAUGUUGCAAAACAUAAUGUACCGCCAACAUUUGUAUCGGAUACAGUUAACGAUCCAUUAGCAGCGACAGCUUCAAAUGAUUUACAAAUUUUAGCGCGUAAUACAAAUAAAAAUAUAAACGUGAUUGAAAAUGCCUUAGUACAGAACGAUACAAAAUUAGAUUUAUACACAAUUCCGUUAUUAAUAAAUUCAUCGAACAAAAAUUUAUUUAUUAAUCAAAAUAAUUGUGUAAUUGAACGAUUAGAUAAUUCAGGAAAUUCAACAGUGAUUGAAGAAAAUGAUGAUAUAAAAUUAACAAAAACUAAAUUAAUACAAUCUUCGAAACAAGCAACGGAUAAUUCGAAAUUUCUAUUUGUUUCAACUAAUGAUUUUAGUAAUAAUUUAGAUAAUAAUACGUAUGUGUUGGAUUCGAAUUUAGUCGUGGAAUCGAAUACUCAAUCGUUCUUAGUGUCAAAUUUAAAUUUACCACCAAAUUGUGGUACAAAUGUUUUGCCAAGUACGUAA